AUGGCUUUGAAUGUGACAUUGAGUGAGAGAGAUGAUAAUAUUGAACUCGCAGGGAAGAGUGACUCUGCAUUAGGUUUCAUCAGCCCGGAGACGUACUUCCAUCUUCAGGUGAUCCAGCUCUGGACAUCCACUGCAAUGACGGGAGCUGGCCUCAUCACUAACGCUUUCAACAUCUUCGCUUUCUUCUGCCUGGGUCUCAACGACCCUGUGAGCACGUCGCUCUUCGUGCUAUCCUUAGCGGACUUCUGUUCGUUUCUCUUCGUCACAUUCCUCUGCGUGUUCCAAAUACUAACCGUUUACGUGGAGACCUCCACCUGGUCGUUUAACCCUUUCCUCCUGUCUCUUUAUGUUUAUCGGUAUAACCAUAUCUUCUACACCAUGUCUCUGGUGACCAACAUGUUCAUCGCUGUAGCACGGUGCUGCUGCGUCUCAAAGGCUCUACAGUUCAGACAUUUCUUCACACUUCGCCGCACCCACCAAGGGUUGGUCAUCAUGUUCGCUGUCAGUCUCGCUGUCAGUUUACCUACCAUUGUCACACAGGAAGUGCGUUGGUUGUACCUUAACAACGGAAAUAAUGUCACUUCGUCGGCUCGUCUCCUCAUUUUGCCAAAACAGGGACACAGACAAGCUUUAGACUUUCACAACAUAUUUAACUUAAGCAUCUUUCACCACACUUGUGUGUUCAUUACUUUUAUCUGUCUGAGUUCUCUUGUCCGCACUUUGAAGAAGAUGUCAAAAUUUCGACACCAAAACUCCUCAUCCCUGACAUCUACUUCGAGACCGUCAAUAAAGCUGGCAGUGAAGUCGUCAGGAACAGCACUUCGCUGUGACAAUACACAAACAGUUACUCCAGGACCUACAGGCAAACACACAGGCUCAGCCCUUAAUUCUAAAGAGCUGCAAGUCGUGAAAUUAGUGUCAGUCCUGACCGCCAUUUUUGUGUCCAGCCGUUUGGUCAUCAUCGUCAUUGCUACUAUGCACCAAAUUUUCCCUGAGUUCGGCAGCGGAAAACGAUACCACAAUCUGUACUACACGUGUUUCUCUCUGGGAUCGAUAUACAGUUACGGCAGUGCCGCUGCCAAUAGUAUCGUGUACUACAAAUUCAAUACCAAGUAUCGACUCUUUGUUUUACAGCAGUUUUGCUCUGGCGUCCAAGAUGAUAAGGCUUUUAUUAAUUAA